CGGCAAUAAUUUAAUGAUUAACUCUGGCACCAUCUGGAACAGGGAGUUCUAGAUUCUCUAGACGCUAGAUCUAUUUAUUAAAUCUAGAGUCUAUAUUAGAUCUUAAAUCCUAAAUAUAAUUAGAAACAAGAGUUAGUAGAUUUAUUUAAAAAAAUGACUAAGGGUAGAAUGGAUACAGCUCUUUCAACGGCACCAGUUGUGACAUGCAUGAAAACCCUUAUGAUGGUCUUUAAUUUCAUAUUUUGGGUAACUGGCAUUGUCAUACUGGCCAUUGGUAUCUGGACCAAAGUGGAUCUCUACAAGUACCUGGAGUUGUCAUCCAUUUACCAGCCAGAAGCUCCCUAUGUCCUGAUUGGUGUUGGAGCAGUGAUCGUUCUCAUUGGCUCACUAGGAUGUUGCUGUACUAUCAAAGGUCAUUCAGUGCUCCUGUACAUGUUUUGUGGUUUCCUAUUCAUUGUGUUUAUCAUUGAGCUUAGUGCAGGGAUUGCUCUCCUGGUCUACAGAGGCAAGUUAGAGACAGGUUUUAAAGAAGGUCUGCAGUCAGCCUUACAGUUGUAUGGCACUAAAGGAAAUGGUGAAAUAACUGAUGCAGUAGAUGAACUACAAGAAAAGCUUGUUUGCUGUGGCAUUAGCAGCUAUGCUGAUUGGUUCAAGACACCUUAUGCAGCCAAGGCUGAAAAGGAAGGCAAAUCAAUCUACUCUGUCCCAGAGUCCUGCUGUCGUAACCGGCAUGAUUGUGUGCACUAUGGUGUUCAGACCAACACCACUGACAUUCACAUUCAGGGCUGCCAUAUGUUUGUUGUAGACUUUAUCAAUGGGAACAUGGGCCCCAUCGGUGGAGUGGCUCUUGGAAUAUCUUUCUUUCAGAUACUGGGUGCUAUUCUGGCCUUCUGUCUUGCCAAGUCAAUCAACAGGGCCAAGUAUGAGCAAGUCGCUUAAACCAAAGAAGUUGACUGCAUUGGAUAUGAAAGAAAGCACUACAGAAACUGUGGUUUUCAGUUAUUUCUUUUUGUGUUGAUCUGCUAAAACCAAAAUGUUGAGUUUUGUUUUUCAUUUGGGCUUGAACAAUUUUUUUUGUUUUCUAUCUUAUGUUUCAUUCCUAGUUAAUGUAUUUACUCUAUUUUAUAACUGGUCAUGAUUUUUCCAUGUUAUACUUAGUGAUUUAUUUUCUAAAUCCACAAUACUCACAGUUCUAGUGAUGUAAUAUUACUAUUAUUCCUUGCUGUAAGUCUACUUAAAAGAUUCAUGUGAACUGUUAUUUACUGCAAGAAGUCUAAUUUAAGAUUCAAUAUAUUGCUAUUAUUCAUUGUUUAAAUCUACUUAUUCAACUGUUUCUUUUAAACAUAUUAUGAAACUCAACAGUUUGUUUAAAUCUUACUUCAUGUUUUAACUGGAUCUUUUGAAAGUUAUUCUGAAGCAGCCCAUUCCAAUCAAACAAAAGAACAAAUCAAAAAGCACAUGUUUUACUUCAGUUUUGUUUUGUUUGUUUUUUCCAUGAGACUGUUAUAAAUCAAACAAAAUACUGGUAUAGGAACAAAGAUGUAAUAUAGUGAAAAAAAGGUUCGCAAUCUUAAGUAGCUACUUAGUAUUUGUACAUGGUACUGUAUUUGGUUUAACACAAGCUAUCUUUAUGACACUAUAUUUAAAAAAUUUUUGUUGAGCUGAAUUUUUUUUUUUUGGUAACACUUUGUACAGAACAACAUCCUACCGUGUGAACUGUUUUUUUUUUUUAUUUGCUGUUGUUGUUCUUCAGUGAUUUAAUAUGAACAUCAACAACCAGCUAAACUGUUGACUAAUGGAACAAAAUUGUUAAUGCAAAAACUCUCAAAUUGUUAACCCACCCAUGCUGUAUUGCAAGCUCCACAAACUGUUUACUUAAAGACAUAUUUAUUUAUUUCAGCAUGUUUUUUUUUCAGCCUGCCUGCUUUUUUUUUUUUAAACUGAAUCAAAUAUUCCUAUUACUACUAUUUUUUGUUAGCCAAUUUUCCAAGAUGACAACUUCAAAAAAAAAAUUUUCUGAAAACCCUUUUUGUAUUUUAAACAUUUCUACUUAUUUUUACUUUUUUUUUUAGAAACUAUGUAUAUUUUUUGCUUACAAUCUACUAUGUUUGUGAUUUCUAAAGGUGAUUUCUGUGAUAAAAAGAGUUGGACCAAACCUUUAUAACUUUUUGUGACCAAUACAAACUAGAAAAGAAAUCUCAUUGAACUUUUUGUUCUAUGCCUUAUAAGAAGUCAAAGAUUUAGACAUUAUUGGAUAACCUUGAAAUGGCUUAACCUACAUAGCAAUUUGUGAUAUCAAGUUACAAAAGUCCAUUUAAUUUUCUGUGGCCAAUAGAAAUUAAAAAAUAAUUCUCAUUGGACUAUUUCGCUAUGCCUUAAAGGAAUUCAAAGAUUCUGAGAUAUUUAAAAAACCUAAUGCAAUUUGUGAUCAAAUCUUUCCUUACUCACAAACAUUGAUUUCUUAGACCUAUUUCAUUCUAUAAGUUCAGUGUUGUGAUUUGUUUGGACGCUUUUCUUUCUGGGUCUGUCCUUGUGUACUAUUUGCAUGUCUUUGCCCAAUUUAGCUUACCUCCCAUUUACUGUAUUAAACAAUUAGUUUGCUUCAGUUUGAAGAUGGAUAGAAAAAUCUGCUUUAAAGAAAAAGACAACUAAAAAAAUAAUUCUUUUUAAAAAAUAAAGCUGCACAUGUGAUAUACUUCAAUCUCUGAAUGUAAUACAUAACUUUUAGGGUAGAAAUAUUUGAAAUGUUUUGAGAUUUUGUUAUUUGUUUAUUUAUAAUCACUUAAACAUAACCAAAAUGUUUAUACCAGGGUGCAAUAUUUAAAGCAAGAGAAUAUAUUUAUAUUUUUUCACAUUUACAAUGAUGAGUUCUACCAAGCGUACAGCUAGCUGCAAGCUUUUCCCUGUGCUUACUUUUAACUUGCAUGCUUUGAAUACUGUUGUCUUUGUUAUUUUUUGUAUGUCAUUCUAGUCAAAACAUUCACAGUAUUUUAAAUCUCCACAUUUUAUUUGUUUACUUUUAUUCUGAUAUAUAUAUAUGUCUAUGCAUGUUGUCUUUUUUUUUCCUCUAAACAUAUUGCUGGCCAGUUUCAUUUCAAAACAAAAAUUCUUGAAAUGUUUGCAUUUCUUUCAAUCAAAGUUCUGAUAUUCACCAAUUCUUUUUUAACCCUAUUCUUCUUUUCUGUUACCAAUUCUAGGUCAUUAUUUCUCAACAUAAGGCAUACUAUGUUUACAGACAAACAAGUCAUCAGUAGCAAAUGGUAGCUGUUUGGGUUGUAGAAGGACUAUGGUUCAUCUUGUAGAGUUAUUUUUCAUACAACUGUAUAGCCCUAAAGAGACAUUCCCAUCCUCAAAAAAUGCAGAUAAAGGUGGCAUUUGCUUUGGUGGUAGAGGAGGCAGCCAUUUUUCCCCUUGGGUCACUUUUUUUUUUUCCAGAGCUGAGGCCAAAACGUUUUCGCUGUCCAGUUUUUUGUCAUCUCUCUCCACAUUGUGCAGUCUAUGUUUUCCCACUUGUCAACAUUGAUGUCCCAUGCUUUAAGUUUCCAUUUGAUAUAUAAACGCUCAUUUAAAGAAACUAGCACGCCAUUUAGUCAGUGGUAAGCUCCAGUGGUAAGAUGAAUCAGCUGAUAACUUUUGUCCCAGGUUAAAACCCUGGUUUUCCAAGAAUAUUAUACUAACCUAUCACUGAAAUAUAUAUAACUUGCACUGCCUGCUGACUACAAAAAAAAUGGGUUAUAAUUUUCUUUCCUGGCCAAAUGAUUUGCAAGUACUAUAAUGAGUGUGUCAGUAAUCCAGGGCACAUUUUUUUUUUUCCUUUUUUUUUUUUAUAUAUAAUUUGAGACAAAGUGAUGCAGAAAACAUUAAAACAUUGGGAAAUUGUCUACUGUAUGGCAGACAGGUGUUAUAAAAACUGGCUUGUCUGAAAUUCUUUUUAUUAUGAUUAAGUACUUAAGUAUUUUUUAUUCACAUAUAAACUUUAUGAUAUUUCGACUGUUGUGCUGUCACUAUUAUGAGUAUUCUGUUACUUAAGUUUUUGUGACUUCUUUUAUACAAACCAAAAAAGUAUAAAUAAAAUAAUUUGUUUUCUUACUUUUUGUGAUAUUUUAAAAUAUUCUAUUGUUGAUAUUCAGAUUUAUUUUUUUAGUCAUUUUUAAUUUGUCUGUCUCUGGUUGUGAUUUAAUUUGUUCAAGUAUUUUUAUUCUCAUAUUAGCUAAGUGAGGCUAUUUCAUUGUUACUUUUGAUCCCCAUCACUAUUAUUGUUUUUUUAAGAUUUAGUAGAGACUAUUUAGAGAUGACUUUGUCAACUGUAACUGUUUGAUUGGAUCCUGGCUGAAAGUUUGAAAAUAUUUACACACUUAGAAUUACUUUGUUAAUGGACUGAUAUAAUAAUAGGAAUAUACCAGACCAAUGUAGUAAUGGGAUUAGGAGCAGAGAAAUACAAUGAAAGCAUUUGGUUCCAAAGAUUAACUUCAAGACUUUAAAACAAAUGUGGGUCUGGUCCAAGGGAACUUAAAUCAUUAUGGACAUUCAAUUCAUUCCUGUCUCCUUAGUCUGUCAGAAAGGGAUUUAGCUGUCAACUAUUCUAAGCCUCACUCAUCUACCUAAGCAGAUGCCUCCGUUUUUGUCUCCGUUAGCAUUUUAAAUAGAAAAGUACUCAAUCUGGACUACAGGACUUCUUGGACCACUUUCCCCUAGUUUGGCCUCAUGAUAUUUUGUUUUGUUAUAGUGUUGUUGUCAUUGAUUUUCUAUAACCUUCUUUUUUUCCCCAAUUUGUUUAUGUGCAAUAAAGAAAAAUCUUAUUACCUCCAAAAAA